AUGUCUACUCCAACUCAGAGUCUUGCUGAAUGCGUCCCCGACGACCAUUGCACAGUUGAUGAGGAAGAAUCGGCAUGGGUCAGAUCCCGCCCGACGGUCGAGCCAGGUGCUGAGGAGGGCUACGAUUUCGGUCUCUUGAUCCCGUCUAUCGACGACCUGAUUUGGACAAGCGGCACGGGUUGGGUCUUGUGUAUUCUUGGAGAUGAUGAAGAUGAUGAAGAAGAUGAAGAUGAUGAAGAAGAUGAAGAUGAUGAAGAUGAUGAAGAUGAUGAAGAUGAUGAAGAUGAUGAAGAUGAUGAAGAUGAUGAAGAUGAUGAAGAUGAUGAAGAUGAUGAAAAUGACGAGAAUGAGGGAUGGAGAGGAGGUGGGGAAUCAGGAGGAACAAGAGGAGAAUGCGAUGCUUCAGUCAAACUUGAAACGGAAGCUUCCGUCUCUAUAACGAAUAAGCACAGCCAUCAGCAACAUGAUCUCGGAGUCUACAACGCAGCCACGCUUUCAGAACAGCUUGAACAAAUGACACUCGGCGAAUCGAAAAGGUCCAAGACAUUCGCGGUGAUUCCGGAACAGCCUAGGAAUUAUGCAUUGAGCAGAGAGAGAUCUGGCUUCUCUCCGAACAACGAUGGAACCAAGUUCGUGCCUGUUCCUUACGGCAGGCCCAAAAAUACGGCUACGUCUCGCCGUGACAAGAGUUCUGCCAUUCCGGAUCGAAUCAUUGGUAUGCUCAGCCGCGAACGAGGCGCAGAAGAAACGCAAAUCAAACCCCGAGGGCCCGAGAGAAAUACGGGCUCUACACAGGACGAGUCGAGUCAGCUCACAAAAUCGCCCGGGCUUUCAAGAGAUAGCAACGCCAACAUCAAGCCACGUGAAUCACUCGAUGAGAUUGGCAAGGAACACAUACGAACGAGGGAUGAUCUUUACCAGACGCCGAGGGCAUCCAGAGAUACUCGCUUCUCUGGGCUGUCAAGCUCUCCGAGACUAAUGAUCGGUGGUCCUGGCUUUAGAGAGCAUCUAUACAGACUCCAUGAACAAAAGCCCAACUGCUUACGUUGCGGCAGAGUCUUUGAGAAUCAAGCUGACUCGGCAGAGCAUGCUCAGCUAGAGGAACCCUGCAAACUCGUCAAGAAUGUCUCUAUCGAAGGUUUCAACAAAGACCAGUUGAAGAAAUUGAAAAGUCGGAAGCGGGCACGAGGCGAUAGAUCAGAGGAAGAGAAUUGGAGGAAUAUCUACCGUAUACUGUUUCCGGAUUGCACUGUCAUUCCAGACCCUUUCUACAGAAUACAGUACGAUGACACCAUUGUAGGAUACAGUGAUCUUCAGGAGCUUUUCACUCAAGACAAUGACUCUGGCAUGGGCGAGCAGUUCUUCUCAAAACUAGAGGAAAUCGCUGAAGUCUCCCUCGACAGCGCCAAAAGGCGUGCAGUGCUAGGGCUCUUCAAGGCAUUUGCUCAAAAGAAGAUCGCCAGGACGAACGAAAGCCACGGCCCGCAGCAUCCAGGAGGCGCAUGUACUGCAUCUCAAAAAGCCACAUCCUCAUCGACUAUGGAAAACCCGUCUGACGCGAGGUGCGUUGAGGACCUCACUUCGUCGAUUCCCCAGGACCCACUUGUCGCGUCACUGGUACUAGAGACCGGUACAGACGGAAUCAAUGACACCGCGGGCGUUUCUUCAUGUUUCGCUACUUUCGGCUCAUUUGAUGAAUACGACUUCACUCAGGCGUUAUUGGAUGAUCAGAUUCCUUCGUCGACACCUUGGCAAGAGGCUGAUUCGAACUGUAUCGAGGGAGGCCUCAACCAAUUAUGCAGCUAUUCAUUCAACGAAUAUCUGGACAUGGCCGUUAUAUGCCCAGACAAUAUCUUAAAUGAAGGAAGCAGCGUCUAUAAUGGUGUCAGAAAGCACACGGCAUCGAACUCUCUGACACUAGCGUCAGUAGAAGCGGCCGUGGCAGAUGAGAAGGGCGAAGAGGCCGUCAACAUCAGCAACAAGGAUACAGAGGCUGACACUAACAGGAUGAUCAAUGCUAGAGAGUAA